ACUUGAAUGGAGGUUAUAUAAUUGGACAAGGAAAGAGUUCCCACUAGUUUUGGAAACCAAGACUGGUGAUGAGCUGAUUAAGUCCAGUACUUUCUACUGCAAAGUAGAUAAUUCUGUAGACAGGAAUCAGUCUCCGCCCCCACUACAGUGUCUUUGCAAACAUGGUUUUGAUGGCAACCCCUAUAUUCAUAAUUGUCAAGGUAAACCUUAUCCUUACUAAUUAAUUAACAGCAACUACGCAGUCAUUUAUAACAAUACAUAAUUUAAGUAAAUAAAAGUCUCCAAAUUACAUCUUUACCAUUCAAAAUUUGAUAAAUAAAGUAUUAUUACUUAAAUUUAUUCUUUUAAUUACCUAUUUAUUUAAAUUCACUCUUCAAUGUACAUUUACUUAGUUUCAAAAUUAUAAACAUUAUCUAUAAAAUGAAUUAUAGUUCUAUAGUAUAUAUAUAAAUAUUUAUAUUAAUAAUUUCUACAUAUAUUAAAUCUAAGGGCAAUUCUUUAGUCCCUCACUUGCUUUGGAGGGACUAAAUCCAUCAUAAAUUUUUAACCAUUAGAUUAAACUAUAAAGAUUGUCAGCCAUCAGAUCAAUUUAUUUUGUAAAAAUUUGUUAAAAUACCACACUACCCUUAAAAAUUUGUAACUGGUUAGAAUUUUUUUUUCGGUGGGGUCUAUUACUCUUUAUCAAUCAAUUGCUUAAAAAAAAAAGCAAUCAUUCGUCUUUCUUCUUCCCUCACGUCCAUCAUCUGUGCAUGCAUUUCCUUCUCACUUCAAAAGACCAUAUUUGUCUUCCCAUCUCAAUCCUUGUCGGCAUGGCUGCUGUAACCUCAAGAAUGCAACUCUAACUCAGUGGACCCAGUCGAUUUUCUACUCCACCCAACUGCCAAGUCGACUCUAACUCUGAAUCUCCCUUUCCUAUUAUAUCUAUUAUUUGUUUGUGUAUUUUUGGUUGGGCAUUAGAUAUAUGUUGAUUCUUCUUUUGGAUAUACUCCAUGAAUCAAUCAUUUCAACUGGUUGUAAAAUAUCUCCAUCUCUUUCAUUCUCAUGGGUUGGCGGCGACAAGGCGUAGAGCACAUGCACGAGGCUAGAAACGGUGGCUCAACUUCUCCAUUACAGUGGGUUGAGUUCUUCGCUAACGGUGGCUAACAGAGCUCUUCGCACGUGAUGGUGGCCUUGGGCGUAGAGCACAGGCACGAGGCUAUAAACAGUGGCUCAACUUCUCCAUUACGGUGUGUCGAGUUCUUCGCAAACGGUGGCUAACAGAGCUCUUCGCACUUGAUGGUGGCCUUGGAUGUUUGUUUGACUCUUCCCGGAAGCCAUUUAUGCUAUGAGUCAAAGAGACACACUACAUCCAAGAAGCUCAUUUUAGGACUUAGCAUGGGUUUCGGGUUGUUAGUUUUUACAAUUGCUGCUUGGUGUUCUCGCAAUGCCUUAAAAAAAAGAGAAAGAGUAAAACGCAAGGAGAAGUUUUUUAAACGAAACGGUGGCUUAUUAUUGCAGCAACAAAUGUCUUCGACAAACAAAGUUAAUGUUGAACAAACAAAGGUAUUCACUUCAAAGGAGUUAAAAAAGGCUACUGAUAACUUCAACGUGAAUAGAAUUCUUGGACAAGGAGGACAAGGGACAGUCUUUAAAGGGAUGUUGUCAGAUGGAAGAAUUGUUGCUGUGAAAAUGUCUAAGAUACUUGAUGAGGGAAAAAUCACGGAAUUCAUAAAUGAGAUUGUCAUUUUAUCACAAAUCAACCAUAGAAAUGUGGUUAAAGUGUUAGGAUGUUGUUUAGAGACUGAAGUUCCACUUCUAGUCUAUGAAUACAUACCUAAUGGAACUCUUUCAGAAUAUAUUCAUAACAGGAAUGACGAUUUUCCAUUUACAUGGAAAAUACGUUUAAGAGUUGUCACAGAAAUAGCAAGUGCUCUAUCCUAUUUACAUUCUUCAACAUCUUCUCCUAUUUAUCAUCGAGAUAUUAAGUCUACCAACAUACUCUUAGAUGAGAAGUACAGAGUAAAAAUUGCAGAUUUUGGAACUUCAAAAUCAGUCAACAUAGAUCAAACUCAUGUGACUACGCAAGUACAUGGGACAUUUGGCUACUUAGAUCCAGAAUACUUUCAAUCGAACCAAUUCACAGACAAGAGUGAUGUUUAUAGUUUUGGUGUACUUCUUGUUGAACUUUUAACAGGCCAGAAAGCCAUUUCAUUGACAAGGUCGCAAGAGGGUAGAAGUCUAGCCACAUAUUUCAUUGUUUCAAUGCAACGGAAUCAGGUAUUUGACAUUCUUGAUACCAGCGUGUUGGAGGGCCCCAGAGAUGAGAUUUUGGCAGUUGCCAAUAUUGCCAAAAGAUGUUUGAAUUUAAACAGUAGAAAGAGGCCUUCUAUGAAAGAAGUGACAGUAGAGUUGGAGGGGAUCGAAAUAUCAAAGAGAGCCUCAGCGCAGGCUCAAACUCAACUCUGUGAAGAGUUUGAAUAUGUUAGAACACAGGAAAUUGAGCCGUGGGAUGUUGUUUCAACAUCAAUUGGGUUGUCUUCGGACAAUAAUUCUGGCGAUCGUUACGAACUUCCCCUAUUGUCCUUCACAAACUGAAAAAGGAUUGGUAGUAUAUGUUUCCAUUUCAUUUUGUAAAAUUUAUUUUGUUGGUUGUUUAUGAUGGAUUUAUUAUGUAAAAUUUUCAUUUUAUGUAUCGUAAUUACAUUAUGUAUUCAUAUUGUAAAGAA